GCAAUCUUCCCCAUCAGCUCUAAUAACUAUUAUGUAUAAUUAGUUCGCAAACGCAAUCAAAAAUAUUUGUAUUCGUUCGUUUUACUUAUUUAUUAUUUUAUUAUUUAUUUUUUAUUUUUUUAAAUUUAUUUUUGCUACGGACAAUGUUAUUCUCAAUGCAGAAUGAAAAAUAAUAAUAAUAAUUAUAACAAUAAUAAUAAUAAUAAUAUGCCCAAAAAGUUCCAGUAUAAAUCUUGUUUUCUUUUUAUUUAUUUAUUUUUUUGUACAUAAUUUUACUGUGAGUACAUGAAAUAAUUCACAACUCUGACGCGAAAAGGAUAGAAAAAGAAAAAACUAAGAGAAUCACCCCGUCUUUCUAAACAAACAAGAAAACAAAAUAACAAUAACGAAAUAUUAGUAAAAAUAAAAAAGAACAAGUGGGCCUUCUGUCAUCGACAGCUGAAAUUCUUCCCAAACUGGUGACUUUGUGCUUUUACGCCUGUGAGCAAGCCUGCAUCAGACAGAACUCCGUUACUAGGAGCGAGCCGUGGCAGCGGAAAUAUUAUCAGCAAUAUGGGAGAAAAGAAAAUAGGAAUUUCUCAGCAGACCCUUGUCUCAACAGGAGGGUACAGCACCUCUGGUAAAAAACUUCCUCAAUAUAUAGCAGCAUUAGCAGCAACUCUUGGAGCCGUAGCAUUCGGUACUGUUUUGGGAUGGUCUAAUGCAGCAGGAAAAGAUGGUGUAACUUUAGCAGCUGAAUACAAAAUUCCGAUAAGUACAUCAGAGUUUUCAUGGAUUGGUUCAAUAACUAACCUUGGAGCUGCGGCGAUCUGUAUUCCAAUUGGUCUUCUGAGCGAUAUAUUUGGCAGAAAGCCUAGCAUGCUUAUGUUGGUAGUUCCAUUCACAAUUGGCUGGGGUUUAACGAUAUGGGCAAACUCAGUGGUGAUGUUUUACAUUGGAAGAUUUCUGGUUGGUGUAAGUGGAGGAGCAUUUUGCGUUGCUGCACCCAAUUACACAUCUGAAAUAGCAGAGACUGAUGUCAGAGGAAAGUUAGGAUCGUAUUUUCAGCUGAUGUUGACAAUUGGUAUAUUAUUAUCGUACAUCCUAGGGUCCUUUGUAAAUAUAUUUACGCUGAGUUUGAUCUCAGCUAUAUUUCCACUGAUAUUUUUUGCCGCGUUUAUCUUCAUGCCUGAAACACCAGGAUAUUAUUUAAUGAAAGAUAAAGAAGAUCAGGCAAAGGCGAGUCUCCUAAGACUUCGAGGUCCCAAAUAUGACGUUGAUCAGGAGAUACGGUUAAAAAAAGAAGCUAUUGAAGAAAAGCGGAAUAACCAAGGGUCUUUCAUUUCCAUUCUCAGAUCAAAAGCUUCUAUCAAAGCAUUGAUUAUAGGAUUUGGUUUGAUGCUGUUUCAGCAACUGAGUGGAGUUAACGCCAUAAUAUUCUAUGUUGGUACACUAUUUGGCAGUGGAAGCAGUAUUCCUCCUGAGGUUUCAACAAUCAUUGUUGGAGUCAUACAAGUUACUGCUGUGUUCUUUAGUACGCUUGUAGUAGACAGACUAGGGCGAAAAAUCCUGCUUAUUGCAUCAAGUGUUUCAAUGGCGAUUGGCACGUUUACGCUAGGUAUAUAUUUUUGCUUGAAGGAAAGAAUGCACCUAGACGUAUCCGCAAUUACAUGGCUCCCACUGGUAGCAACUUGUUUAUUCCUCCUCAUGUUCAACUUUGGUUUUGGUCCGCUACCAUGGAUGAUGAUGGGAGAGUUGUUUUCUCCACAGAUAAAAGGCGUAGCCGCUAGUAGUGCGUGUCUUUUUAACUGGGUGAUGGCUUUUUUGGUAACUCGAUUUUACAGCGACCUUACGUUAAGUUUUGGAGUGGACGUUACAUUUUGGAUCUUCAGUGUGAUUUGUGCACUAGCUUGCGUAUUUGUAGUUUUCGUAGUUCCAGAAACGAAGGGAAAAUCACUUGAGCAGAUUCAAAUAGAAUUGGGCGGAAACCGAUCCUCAUCAACUGCAAGCACUGAAAAAGCUUAAGUUCUGUAAAUUGUAAAUAGCAUUUAUAUUUCUCACUCAAUGUCCAAUAAAGAGAAUGGCCUAAUCUUCAUGGAUAACGGAUAGUUUAGAUAAUUUUCCAAUCGCGAUAAAAGUAAGCGUAUGUUAUCUGAAGAAGCGCUCCUCCACCCUGUUAUUCCGUCACAGAAAAUCGAAUGUAUAGAACAUAGAAUGGAAUAAUUAAUCGUCUUCAACGGUCUAGAGGAGUAACAAUCGUUUUUUUGGAAAUAGAUUUAGGGAUUAUUAGCGCUUCAAAUUUAAUUUCGGCGUUUUUAAAAUUGGAGUACUUAAUAGUCUGAAUAUCAAUCCUCCUAUAAGACUGAUUCUUUAGUAGAUAAUUAACCAGUCUCAGUUAAAUGAUACCAUCCUGUUAAAUUUAGUUCCGUGGCUCGUAAUGUAUUUUACUAUUAUAUGUAUAAAGAAAAACCUGUAUCAUAAAUUGUUAUGAGUAUUGUAAAUAAAUUAUUAUUAUAAUUAUUAUUAUCUUAA